UUAAGAAACCUACAUUUGUGAAUAAAGUAUUUUGCUAAUAAAAGCAAAUUAAUCAAAAAAGAAAAAAAAACAUGAUUGCUUUGCUCCAGGUAAACUCACCCGUGCGCGUCACUGCUGCGCUUCGGCGCUAGUGACGUCACCAGGGUAAAUCCCACACACACCAACAAGCUUUAACUUGUAUGAGUGUGUGUCGUAGCUAGUUACACAAGCUACUGGAAGCAUGUAGGACUAGCGAGUAUAAAUCUGAGACACGGUACUUACCUCGAACUUUUUCUCGCGGGUAAUUCUAUAUCCUAAUAUUUAGAGUGAAUAGAAUAGAAUAGAAUUGGUGUUUGUCCAGACUGAUCUGAGGUCAUAUGGGACUCAAACAGAGCAGUCCAGCCGCGGGGGUCCGGGUCCGGUCUUACUCUGAUGCGGCCGGCGGAUCCGGUCGGGCUGCGGUUCUGCGCUAUUACGCGGGCAGCCCGGCGGCACAGAUCGGUGAACGGAUCCGGUAUCCAUCAGACGCCUCCCGUUCAUUCAUCCCGAGCAGCGGCCGGAGAGCUGAGACAGACGGACAGAGAGCUCUGCUGAUCGGAUCUUUACCUGCGCACCUGCUGUCCGCAGCAUUUCACUGUCCUGUGUGCACAAAGUUUGUGUGCUCUGAUGAAAUAAACGUUCAUUUGCUGAUGUGUUUCUCCAAACCCAGACUCAAUUAUAACGAGGAUGUUUUGUCCCGGGACUGUGGGGAGUGCUCCAUAUGCCUGGAUGACAUGCUUCAGGGGGACACGAUCGCACGUCUGCUCUGUCUCUGCAUCUAUCACAAAGGGUGUAUUGAUGAAUGGUUUGAGGUCAACAGGUCGUGUCCAGAACAUCCCACAGAUUAACACACAACCUGCGAUGGGAAAGGUUAUAUUUUCAGUAAAGGGACGCUUCGUCAGAAAGGUGAUCUGCUAAGUCCUGCAUCAGGAUCUGACAAGCUUUGAGAAUAAAUGUUGACUCCAUCAUCAUCAUCUGAGAUCUGCGUGGAUUUAAAUUCCUGCUGUGUCGAAUCUGAAGAAAGCAGCAUUAUACUGUACACAGUUGUGCAGACCUGAACGCUGUCGAACGCAAAUCCAGAUAACAUAAUGUAUCCAUAGUUCUCUCUGGAGAUCAGGUGCUCAACAGUAUAACAGCUUCAUGCUUAGAAACAUAUAGGUUUUGUUUUGAUAUACACAAGAUGCCAAAACUUUUGCCUCAAACUGAUCCCAAACCAUGAAUGACUUUUUGGCUGCAUGUAUAUGAAUACAGUGGAUUAUGAUCUCAACAACGAAAAGACUAUGAGAUAUUAGUUUGUUUUCUGUCGUCUUAGAAUUUUAAAAUGAUUCUAGAAAAACUACUCAGGAUCGAGGCCUGUGUGUCAGUUGAAAGAAAUGAGUCUUUGUGUUUCUUUGGCAAUCUCAGAAGUGCUAUUCCUUCAAAUGCGCUGCUAUAGAACAUGUACAUGUAAAGAAAAUAAAGAUUUUUUUGGUCUGCAAAAAACAACUGUGCAAUAACACAUUGAUUUAAAACAUUGUAUCGUUGUAUCUAUUGGUUUGUUCCUGGGUGACAAGAGAAUUUACCCCCAUAUCCAAAACAAUGUGAGCUGCUAUCCUGUUUUUUUUAACACUUUCUCUGGCCUGUACAUAAACACCAAGUCUGGGUCGCUUAAUGAUAAUGUUGCAUCUGCUUUAGAUGAGAGGUGUAAGUGACCACAUUACAUCUGUCUGCGGCUCUAUACUUCCUGAAUACAAAAACGACUCUUUUUGUUAGCACAAUUCUAUUUAGGCGGGAUAUGUUAAAAUAAAAGAGAAACACAAAACAUGCACAUACAGAAAUAAAAUAAAUGAAUACCAUACUAGUUAUUGAAAUUUAAAAUAGUGUUUGGCUUCUUUCUUAAAUUUUGUAUGCUUCUUAAAAAAAAUGCUAUUUAUUUGUAUUUAAUACGUUUAUUAAAAUGAUGAAGUCACUCCCAUUAGGUGUGUUCAACUUCACGGGGCGCGCAGACCGAUGGCGGACGUAUUUCAUCAAAAUACCGCAAGAGCGAUUAAAAAGUAAACGUCAAUUCUGUUCUCGCGGUAUUUUGUCAUGUGCCGAAUCUGCCGAUCGGUCGCAGCGCCGCGUGAUGUCGAACCCUCUCACUGCCGCCGCGCGCAGACAUUUAACAUUUAAAAUGUGCACAAAAGACGCUUUUAUCCAAAGCGACUCUAAACAGUGACGAGUAGGCUACAACUACUGUCACGAUUAUGAAAUUUGGCUGACGAUUAAUUGUCUAAUAAAUCAUUGCGAUUGUGACGAUUAAUUGUCUGUUUUAGAGCUUUGACUUUUAAUUCUCAUACAUUGUUUAUUCAGCUUUGAAACGACCAUAUUGUUCUGAAUAUAAAGACUAUGUUCUAUUUCUUGCCAUACAUAGGAAAAAAUUGGGUCAUCAUACUUGAGGUUUAGGCUUUUACCUGUCAAUAAUACAACCGCCAAAUACUUGUAAAUUAAGUAAAUUGAUCAGGAGUGAAUUGAAGCCACCAUUACAAUGCUAUCAGUCAUAGAAAAGCUUCUAGUCUGUUUUUUUCUCACUUGCAAGACUACAAUAAAAGUUUACUUCUAUGUUAAUGAGAUUUCGGUAGACUGCAGGUUAUUUUUAUGGUAUAUGCUUUAGUUUUUUUUAAGUGAUUGUGUUGUGGUGGUACAUUUUACAAGUAUUACCAUGCUUUAGUUACAACAUAUACAAUAAAAUAUGCAAUAUGCAGAUGCACUACAGCUCCCCCUAGUGUCUUCUAUAGAGAUGUGCAAUCAUUGUGAUGAUCUGAAACCAUCGCGAUGAGACGAUUAUUUAAUA